AUUUUAAUAACAACACAUACCUUUUUAUUAUAUUCGAAUUAUGCUUAUAAACAAGUGUUUUGUUAAUACAACUUCGUUAAUAUUGCAAGCAGCGUAAAUUUUUAUGAUACUUUAUAACAUUUUUAAUAAGAACUGAAUUUUGAUAAGGAUGAGAAUAAAGUUGGAAAUGUUUGUUUUUAAUUACGCAUGCGUAAGGAAACGAAAACAGAUUUUCUCGAUACAUUUUGAUGCUAUAGACGUUGGUAUUUUGAUACGAUGCAGUAAGGAGCAUUGUAUUACUUGUUACUGUUGUUACUUGAAGAGUUGACCAUUAGAAAUAAUAAAUAUUUUAAUUAACUAAACGUUACAUAAAACUGUCCGUUAUUAAUGUUCUUGAAGAAUUUUAGAAAAAUUUUAACGAGUUCUAAUGAAUCGAAACUUCGAAUUUAUUUGUUAUGGUCAUGCAAUAAUUUUUUGUUCUUUCAUGUACAAUUUUUAAGUUUAAACAACUAUCAACACGAUAACGUGCACAUAUAAAAUUAAGUGAAAAUGCGAAAAGAUUAUGUACAGGAUGUUCAACCAAAGAAAAGGCAGAAUGAACUUUUAUAUAGAUAUGGAUAUUUUCUAUCAAUGCUUUUAUGUAUGAUGCUUGCUUCACUUAAGCCACAUUUUGGUAAAACAAAUGGUGUUCUGAAUGGAAAUAUUAUUAUUCGAUAUUUUGCUGUUCCUUUAACGUACUUAGAAGCAGGCCUAUUAUGUGAUCCAAAAACACUUUAUUUAACAUUAAGCAAUGGUUCUCUCUUAAUAUUUACAAUGACUUUCAUAUAUAUUUUAAUGCCCUUCCUGAUGAGAGUUGGAGUAUGUUUACUGACUUAUGCCAAUGUCAAUGUGUGGUUAUUGAAAGGAAUGGAAGUACUUUACUGUAUGCCACCUCCAUUUAAUACAAGUUUUGUUUUGUGUCGAUUGGCACAAGCAGAUUUGUCAACAAGUAUUGUGAUUACUUUAGUAUCUCAUUUUGGAGGAUUAUUUAUAUCUCCUAUAUUAUUAUACUUUGUGUUAGGUGCAUCUACACCUCCCUUAGUUGGUGUGAAUGUAAAGGAAACCAUUUAUAGUACAAUUGUACCAUUAAUUAUUGGUAUUGCAAUUCAAAUUGUGAUCUUAAAGUAUGAUGUUUGUUUCAAAAUUAAGUCACCUUGGUUUUCUCAAGGACUAUUAUUAGCUACAGCAUAUCAUUGGUUUUGUGAUGCUGUGUUGGUAGAUGCAUCAUCUUUGCAAGCUACUGAUGUGUUAUUAUGCGUAUUACUUGCUUGCGUGGGACAACUAUUUGUUAGCUGCUUGUGUUGGAUUUUGUGCUCUCGGUGGUUACCUCGGAAUAUCUUGCUAGCUGCACUUUUUACAAGUACUCACAAAUCAGUUGGUCUUGGAAGCUGGGUUUUACGUGGUGCUUACCAUGGUUCAGCCCAUGGUCCUGCAGUGAAUUUACCAUUGUCUGUACUACCAGUUGCACAAUUGCUGUUAGGUAGUUUGUUAGCUAGUUGGUUGUCUCCAUAAUGUAAAAUACAUUAUGUGAUUAAUUUGAAUAAUUUUGUUUGUAUACUUUGCAUUCCAUGUGAAAUUGCAUGUAUAUACUAUCUGUUAUUUAUGUAAGUUUCCUUUGAUUAUAUGUAUUUUUUGUGUACUUCCUAGUAUAUAAGCUUUUUAAUAAGAACAUUCUUUUCUUUCUU